AUGGCGGGAGAGAUGAUUGAGAACGCCAUAAGAGGUGGCAAAAUUGAGGGGGAAGUGGCCAAAAGAUCGACACCAAGGAGAAAUAACAAUGAGGUGAACAACACAAGUGGCUUCAAGUCGAAGGCAAUCACAGUUGGUCAACCCAAAGUAGCUACGGUUGGGCAACAGGGUUCUCAAAGGCAGGAAUCGGGCACAAGGCACGAGAGGAUGCAAUUCAUACCUAUCUCUGUGACGUAUCGUGAGCUUUAUCAAAGCUUAUAUGAUGCACAUGCUAUUGCUCCUUUCCACUUGAAACCAUUACAGCCUCCAUAUCCUAAAUGGUAUGAUGCAAACGCUAGAUGCGAGUACCACGCCAGAAUAUUGGGGCACUCAAUUGAAAAUUGUACCGGAUUCAAGAAGGCCGUAGAGAGGUUGAUCAAGAUGGGGGUUGUGAAAUUUGAUAGUAUCCCAAAUACUAAAAACCCUUUGCCAAAUCAUGACAAUCAAGGAGUGAAUGCCAUUGGUGAAGCUAGUGAAAGAAGGAUGAAGGAAAAUGUUGCUGAGGUGAAGAUGCCAAUGAAGGUGAUUUGGGAAGAGAUGAUGAAGAGAGGGAUGAUAGACUCUGGGAAAGAAAGAGAAGAAACGGGGAACUACUCUGAGUUCCAUGGAGAAGAGGGUCAUGAGACCCAAAAUUGUGAAGAAUUCAGAGCCUUGGUGCAAGGCUUUAUAGAUAAUAAAGAGCUACAAAAUUUUGAAGGUAACUCUUAUAAAAGAGAAAUAAGUGUGCUAGAAGGUGAACAAAAAGGAACCAACCAGCCAAGGAUCAUUAUCUCCCUGCCAGGGAAUAACGAAGAAGGGACAACAGUAGUGCCCAAGGUCAUUAUCCAUAAGCCUACUCAUUUCCCUUACAAGGAUAGCAAGAGAGUACCAUGGAAUUAUGACUGCAAUGUGACAGUGGCGGAGGAAGAAAAUAUAGCCAGCGCAUCUAAAGAUGUACAAGUGGAAGGUGUCGAGGUUAAGAAGGAGAAAGAGACCGAAGUACCCAUCAAUGAGCCAGUAAAGGAGGAGGAGGCUAAGGAAUUUCUAAAGUUCCUUAAACAGAGCGAGUAUAGCGUGGUCAAGCAGUUGCGUAAGCAACCGACUCGCAUAUCAGUAUUGGCUCUACUUUUAAGUUCAGAGGUGCAUAGGGAAGCAUUGAUGAAUGUGCUUAACGAAAUAUAUGUCACCCAUGACAUAUCCGUUAAUAAGCUGGACCGAUUGGUGAACAACAUUAGCGCGGAUAAUUUCAUCUACUUUAAUGAUGAUGAAAUCCUACCGGGGGGCAGAGGGUCAACUAAGGCAUUGCAUAUUACUACUCGAUGCAAGGGAUACACACUUCCAAGCGUGCUUGUUAAUAAUGGAUCAGCUUUGAAUGUUUUACCAUUAUCUACAUUAAAUAGAUUACCCAUUGACGAUUCUCACAUGAAGACAUGUCAGAAUGUGGUAAGAGCCUUCGACAGUACAGAAAGGAAGGUGAUGGGAAGAAUUGACAUUCCCUUGGAAAUCGGGCCGAUCAUGUAUGAAGUAGAUUUCUUGGUAAUGGAUAUAAAGCCUUCCCACAAUUGCUUAUUAGAGGAGGACAUUAUAGCCGCAGUCACUAGUAAGGCCCCUUAUGUUGAUACAAACGAAGAAUCUAUUGAGUGUUCUUUUCGCUCUUCAGAAUUCAUAAAUGCGACUUUCAUUUCGGAAGGGAUUGAGCUACCGAUGCCAAGGAUGGCAAAACCUACGAGGAUGGCUCUACAAAUGAUGGCAGGAAAGGGAGCCUUACCAGGAAGAGGUUUAGGAAAGUAUCUACAAGGAAGGACUCAGAUCCCAAAGUUGAUUGAGAAGAAAGACCGUUUUGGUUUGGGCUUCAAGCCAGACUAUAAGCAAAGGAGGAAAGACAUCGAGAAGCGCCAAGAAAGGAGAAGGGCGCGUUUAGAUGGAAGAGAAGUGGGGUGGGAAUUAAUGACAUUCCCUCCUAUAUCCAAAACCUUCAUAUCAAGAGGAUUACUUGUAGAAGAGAGUCAUCAGAUUAAUGCUACACACGACGAAGGUUCGGAGCAAAGGAACUUUGAGGGCAUUCACCCUUAUGAAUCGGGAAGCUCUCUAAACAAUUGGACUGUGGAGGAACUUCCUGUCAUCUUUAGGAAUUCUUCAGAGUAA